AUGCUGUCGAAUGUUGACUUCUCAAGAUGUCCCACUUGUUUGGAGGAUUAUGAUGAUAACUCUCAUCGUCCGUGUGUCGGAUUUUGUGGUCACUCAAUUUGCUUGAAGUGCCAAACUAAACUUGUAAACUGUCCUCUAUGCAAACGCAAAAACUCAUUCUUUGGCACAGUUAUCAACUAUCAAUUACUCGACUCAUGUCUUGCCAUCCGUCAGCUACUAAACGAAAGUCCAAAGAGCCCAACUGCUGGUGCCAAGUCACCAAACCGCAUCAGAGCUCCAAGCCAAAAACGGAUGACAGAAACUCCGAAUAUAUCGCAACAGGUUGUGAACGCAACGCGUAGAAGUCGAAGGACCGCUUUGGAGACAACUGUUGACAAAACCCAGCAAAGAGAAAUUGAGAACAAUUGGAUUUCACAGCACAUUCCAGCCCCAGAGUCUCGCCGACGAGACCGAUCAUUGAGACGACUUUCAGAGAGAAUGGUUGGUCCUGAUAACAUUCCAGCCGUGUGCUACAGAACCAUCUAUACAAUUCCGCCUCCCGAGAACUUUGCCGCCCAGGGAAUUCCGUCCGCCUUCAACCGAAUGUUCUUCGGGCGUUCAUGUUUUGAGAUUUGA